UCCCGUUUGCCCAGAUGAGAUCUUAAUUGAGGCACUUGUUGCACCCUACUUGCGUCUAGCGGUAAACCGACUUGGAACGACGCAACGCUUCGCCAGGAAAAUGUUUGCUCAAAAACCCGCUCCGCGGUCAGGACCCGCCCAGCGCGAAGGCAGCAAUUUCAGAUGCGCGACAGCCUAGCGCCUGCGGACAGUGAAUCUUCAUUCACCGUCCCGCCUGUAGAGCCCUCGACGGGUGCCUAAAGGCACGCUCGACCGUCCUUGUGAGUACCUUAUCGAGCUUAACCCACAAUCUCCGAGGCCCCGGAGGCAACGCCACCAAAGUGAAUGCACUCAAGCAACGCAUCCCACUUUUUCAGCACCAUGGCUCAUAAAUUUCUUCGUCGACAUAUCGGUCAUUCGCAACACAACGUGUUCGAAGCGCCGACCCGGACACACAUCCCCGAUCAGCCCAACUCGCUCUGCUACCAUGGAUCGAUACCGGUUGAACGAACUGCCGCAGACGUACAAGCAAUGCAAGACGUACACGGACCAAUUCGAGGACUGGUUGAUCAAGACCGCGAAGAAGCGCGGACUUGAGCUCGCCCGCGAAGCUGAGGCCGCUGCGAAGGAAAAGGCACGCCAAAAGAAAGGCAAGGGAAAGAAGCCGUACAAGCUUGCCGCGGAACACCUGCUGCCUUUGGCGCAGGGUAUCGUGGAAGCAGGUCAGCCUCUCGAGGAUACGUCCGGGCUAAGAGACUUGCGCGAUGCCAUUCGUUCAAGGAAAGAAGUUACACAGUGGUACAAACAUAACAAUUCUUCAGACGAAGGACAUCCGUUUUUUAUCACGCUACUAAAUAAUGUCCACGACAUCUUCAAGGGCUGGAUCUUCCCUACGCUAGCACACGAACACGAUGUCGAGGACGAGUCAAGCCCCAUCACAAUCUCGAUCAUGAUCAAUACCAGCGACGAUCAUAGCGACGACGAGGAAGAGGCGAAGGAUCAGGAUACCUCACAACUGAAACCGCACGCCUCGGACGAUCCUAAGCUCUUACCGAAGCAUUGGAACAAUCCUUCGUCUGCGAAGAAGCCUGGCGGCGCUCCUUUAACAAACGAAGAGUUGGAGCUGGAAGAACAAUUUGAGGUACUGUGCUUUCUGUACGAUCUCAGCCAACUUCGGGAAUCCGUCGCUCAAGCUUGGCUCGAUUAUAAGGACCGGAAGAUCGGUGCCAUCCCGGCGGCUCUCGUGACGGACCUUGCUCUAAGCGUUGUUCAGCAGAACGUGAAUGCGCUCAUAGAAGACCUUGAGAACAACGGCGACGACGGAAAGAUCUCAAAAAUCAUUAUCAAGCUUUAUCGAUCUAUGACGACCGAUGAGCACUCUGUUCCCGAGUCCGAGCAGAUCGACGUCGAAAAGGCCAACAGGGUGUGGUUUGAUCUUCUCUGCCUGGAUGGGAUUGGCCACAUGAAGGCAUAUUGCACGCUGAAGCAAGGGAGCCCCGAAGAACGAUCGAAAGUCAACGUAAAGGAUUGGGAGCUAAUGAACUUCCUCUUAUACUUCGAUCGCAUCCAAACUGGCAAAUUUCACGUACCGAUCUUCGACAAGUUUACCGAAGGGAUGCGAUUGUCAAAGACUGGCUCGGAGCCGUGGCUAGCUUUCGGUCUCCAGAUUCUGAUCGACAUACAGUACGCUAUUGGGGACGGCUAUCAGGACAUAUUUAAGGAUGUCUCCGAUCACGGGAUGCAUAUGUCUGAUUUGAUGAGAGCGCAUAUUGAAUACGAAGAUCAUAUGUGGGCUACCGAAACACCCCCGGAGUACAUGUCCACCGGAACCACCAAGUUCUCGAAUCUGUUUAUACCGACAAUGCAGUCAAACCUAGCUUGGCUCAAGCAGUUGACCGACGAAAAGCCCACGGGAACGGGCAGUCCAGGCGACGAGUUCAACAACCACGUAUUCAUCACUUUACACCCAACCCUCGGCGGCCUAGUGAUGUAUCACUAUCACAAGUACUACCAGUCAUUGGCCAUACAGAAAGUGCAGUGGUUCGUAACCGCCUUCGCGCAUCUCUACAACGCUUGUCGUCAGAUAGGUGGCCUGACGGUCCCCUGGCACGAUCUCGACUUCAUCAUCAAGAUGCAAGGCACGAAGCGCAUCUUCAUAGCAGACCCUCCCACCAACCCUAAUCUCUUCUAUAACCGUUUGACCUUGGCCAUGUGCAGCUCGACACGUUGGCUUUCAAAGGACUACUACGGGAAGUGGAAGCGGGCGCCGAAAGAAGUGAUAGCAAAGCGUGGAUUCCGCACCCACUUCCCCCUCGAAGCAAAGAUUAGGGAGUACUACGGCUGUAACUCGAACGAUGAUCGGUGGAUCCGUCUUCACAACCUCUUCGCCCACUUGAAGAAGGCGCUCGAAAAGCAGGUAGAAGAAUCUCCAGAAAAAGAUCCCGACGCUAUGCUCAAGGACCGAGAAGACCUUCAGGAAGCCUUUUCUUCUAUCGUGAGUGAAAUAACCCCACCUAAGCCGAGGAAUCGAAACAAGCGCAAGAAAUCCCCACGAGUCAAACCGCCGGACUUCUCCAGGAUCGAUUGUAUCCACGCGAAACUCCUUGGCAUCGCCAGUGCUGAACUACAAGACCACGAGCUGCACGCCAACUUCGACUACCUCUCGUUCUUCCGGCGGGCUUUCGCUUUAGUGACGCGAGUCCGCAGCGCUAUCCUGUGGAACGAGAGUAAGGAACUGACGACGCUAGGAACAAAGUUUCAGGAUCCUACAAACUUCGAUCUCCUCAUCGAUCUCUUUCGCUCACUACAGAUCAAGGCUAAAGACGAGACGAUCCAGGUCGAGGGCAACGAGCUGUCCAAAGAUGUGGUGGCAACCGACCAGUUGAAGAAGAUUGCCAAGGUCAUGGAGGACCUCAUUUGCGAAGAGGGUGAUGCUGAGCUCAAGAGCGCGAAGCAGAACAUGCGGCGACCCGGGGGAUGGUGGGAUGUCACCGAAUCUUCUUCUACAAUGGGCAAGGAUCCCGGACUACCCAAAGGCCUCUUCCACCGCUUCACGUACCGCAGCGCCGCCGCAUCGCGGAGGCGCAAGGUUUCUGCAUUGCAAGUUCUCACGUCCAUACUCUUGGUCGUGCGCUCGAUGAAGGAGGGCUGGACUCCUCAUCGCCUUGUGGGGGCCCGGAAGCGCCACAUUUCCUUCAAUUGCCAAGGGCAGUGUACCUUAGGUCGUGUGCUCUCAGGUCGUGCAGCUAGGCCCCGACGCAACUCCAAGAAGGAGCGAUCUCCUCGUGUGGAUUCGGUUGUUGGGGACAGCGUUGACGAGGGGGAUGUUGGCGACGAUGGCUGGGAGACGGACACCGACGAUCCAGGCGAUACCCAUAUCGAAUAUUCGACGGAGAUUCAGGAUGUCGACUAGGCGUCGCCGUGGGCGUUAGUAAGUCUGGCAAAGGGUGUAUCGCGGGUAAGCUUUCCUUUCACCUUGCGAACAACGACCACGGGUCGGCAAAGGCAUGUCUAAGUGCUCGUGUUCCUUUCCCUUCCUACCUCUCCAUAGCGUAAAGGCAUUUCAGUGGCCUUUGCGAAUAGUCUGUAUCUUGAAUGCGAGCUUCUCCU